AUGUCCACUGAGCUCAAUAACAUGGAUGAGUUUAGGGAAGCUUUAAGGGAUCUAAGUGUUACAUAUGUUUUCGUAAAUUUCAUUGGUAAUACUGAUAAAUAUCCUAAAUCACAAAAACAAAAUGAAAAAUAUGAAGAAAUAGCAGUUGAAUGUGAAUCAGAAAAAGAUCGGAAAUUUUAUAAGGCGUAUCUUGAUAAUUAUGAAAUUCGUCCUGAACCUUAUGUAUCUUAUAGAAUGGGUGAUUGGGAUGAAGUUUACGUUGUUGGUUUUCAUACUGAUAAUGAGGAAGCAGUUCUUUAUGCUAAUACUGAAGAUGAAGAAGCAUUUGAUCAACUUUUUUGUUAUCAUGCAUAA